UAGAAGGGAAACAACAACGCAGAGCAGCAAAGCAGCAAUUGUUCACUUUUAUGUGGGCCAUUGAACAUGUUCAUGCCAGAAGUUUUAGCUUUAUUUGCUUUAUUUUAGCAACUUCCCAACUCUUUCUCUGAAAAGAAAUGGACUGGUCACCUUCAAAUUCCACCUGUGUGAAACUCUAUCUGUGCUCCAACCCUGAAGAUAGCGUGGUGGAGCGCAGAGCUCUGAGAGAGAGUGUGUUUCCAAAACUUAGAGAGCACUGCAGACACACACUGGGACUGGAUGUCAGGGUGUUGGACCCAUUUGAGUCCAGUGACUCCAGUAGUUGGCCAGAGGAAAGCAGCAGACAGCAGCUGAUUGAAGAAUGCAGAAAGAGCUCCUCAGGACCUUUUUUACUGGCUCUGGUAGGGCAUCAGUAUGGCUCAGCCAGUCUGCCUACCCAGGUGGAGGUGUCAGACUUCCAGCUGCUGCUGCAGGAGGGUCAGCGGGCGGGGGUCCGCACCCAGGAGCUGGAGCAGGUGUACCGGAGGGACGAGAACACCCUCCCCCCCUCCUACUGCCUGAGACCUCCACACAGACCCACCUGCUGCCCUCAGGAGGUGGAGGCAAAGGAGGAAGAGGAGACUCCAAUGAAGGCAGAGGAAGAGUUAAGGAAGGUGUUUCAGACUAUUGUCAGUCUGUGUGUUCACAACGGUGUUAUGAGCCCAAAGACAGCCAAUAGCUACUGCAGAUCAGCCCUCGAUGCAGAUCUGAGGUUUGCUCUGGACACCCGUCCUGAUAAUGAGAUCAUCAGACGCUGCCUGGUUUAUGUCCACAAGGUCAUCAAUGCAAAAGGAGAGACAAAGAAGAGCUGUAUGAAGUCACCUCCUCAGCAGCAGUCAGAGGCUGCUACCUUUGACCUAGGGACAACACCCACUGAUGGACAACUAUUCUCAGAGCUUUGUGACCACUUCCUGCCUGGUCUCAUCGGUUCCUCCCAGCUUCUGGUCUACACCACGGCCACAGAGUGUGACCGUCGACAUGGUUACACGACAGCCAGGAGGCGGGGCUAUGCUGAGUCUCUGUGCCAACAGGUGUACUGCGACCUUGUGGGUUUGAUUGACAGCUGGAACAUCUCACACAGCAGCGAUGGCUCUCAGCUCAGCGAUGCUUUGGCCAGAGAGCAGGCCGAGCAGCAGGAGCUGUGUGACUCACUGUCGAGGUUAUAUGAUGUCAUUCGGCCUGAGGAGGAAGAGGUCAGAGCCUAUGUGGAGCAGAGUGGACAGCAGCGCCCCCUAGUGGUGACAGGAGGCCCGUGCACAGGAAAGACAGUUCUGAUGGCUCAAUGUGCUCAACAGAUUAAGUCGUGGCUACCAGACUGUGAUCCUGUGGUGGUCACUUAUUUUUGCCACCUAUCAAUAAACCAGUCCCCCAAGCACUUGUUAUCGAGCCUGUGUUAUGAAAUUGCCGUGAGAUAUCACAGCGAAUCUUCCUCUGAGCAGAAUCCCAACAACUUUGGUGAUCCUAGCUGUAUCACUCAGCCCUGGGAAUACAACACUAACUGUAGCUCAUCACCCAACAUGUGUGUAUCUGAGCUUAAAGAGCGUCUCACAUCCCUUCUCUCCUCCAUGCCCUCUACCAAACAACCUCUAGUUCUGAUCCUUGUUGGCCUGGAUCUCAUUAAAGGCAACUUUGGACCUGAAUUCCUGGACAGCCUCCCCUCCCCUCUUCCUCACAGCGUCAAACUCAUCCUCACUGUCUCCUCCAACCAGACACAAGUCCUGCAAGCCUUUAAACCACAAAGAAGUCAGCCUCAGAGAGUGUCAAAGGGUAGUGAGAAGGAGUUGGGAUAUGUGUGUGUUCCGAUGGGACUGGUGGACAGGAAACAGUGUGUGAAGAUGCUGGCGACACUUCUGAGCAGUUCAGGGAGGAGGGUGACUUCAGGACAACAGGCGCUGGUGAACCAGGCGCUGACUUCCUGUCGUCUGACUCUCUACGCUCGACUCCUGCACCUACACACCUCGCUCUGGCACUCUGAUUCAGAUGUGACUGAGUCUUCUCUCCCUGAUGGCGUCCAUUCAUCCAUUUCUGCAUUUCUGGAUCACCUGGAGCAGAAGCAUGGCCCCUUUAUCGUAGCUCGGGCCCUCUCUCUCCUCUCCCUCUCCAGGACGGGGCUCACUGAGGCCGAGCUCGCAGAUCUGCUGUUCUGUGAUCACAAAGUGCUGACUGCGUACGUUCCACAGGAUGGAAGCCGUUCCUGCGAUAUGAGGGUGCCACAAAUUGUUGUGGAGAGACUUCUACUGGAUUUGAAGAGCUUCCUCAUUAGGAGGACAGUUGCAGGGUCACAUGUUUUGUCCUGGGUAAGCAGGCAUUUCAAGCUGGUGGUGGCUAAGAGAUAUUUAGGCUCUCAAGAGGUGAGGAAGGAGAUUCAUUUGGCAUUGGCGGACUAUUUUAGUGGCAGAUUGUCUUGUGGGGGUGCAAAACCACUUCUUGUAAAGCAGAAAUCUGCACCAAACAGGAUCUCAGGGAAAAUGGGAAUACACAUUGACAGGCAGCCAUGCAGCCAGCCGUUUGUCUUUCCCCUUUCUAACAAAAACAAUGGCCGGGUGAACUUGAGGAAGGUCUUAGAAUUGCCCUACCACUUGCAAAAAAGCAGCAAAUGGGGGGAGUUGGAGCACGGGCUGUUAAUGUCUUUGAGGUUUCACCAGGCUAUGGUUCAAGCAGGACUCCUGGGAGAUUUGGUAGCCAUGUUAGAGGAUGAGGAGGGGUCACACCACUUCAGUUUAUUAAGGGAAAGAGCACUUCUAGCAAGCAUAUUGAAGUCUGGUGCUUGCUUGUUGCAGAGCUCCCCCCUUCAGCUGCCGUCAGUGAUGGAGACGAGCCUCCUCCCUUACCUGGAGGUGUUUCCUGCCCUCGAAGGUUAUGUCGGUAAGAUGAGACAGGAGAGGAGGGACAGAGGAACAGGAUUAGGAGUAGCGCUUUUCCCUUCUCCUUCAUCUGUUCCCUCCAUUCAGUGUUUGAAGCGUGAUGCCAAAACUGAGGGUGUCUCUGUUAGAGAAGCAGCUGGGACAGAGAGUGGGAUAGUCACAGAGAUCAUGGAUGAUGGAGAGGCUUGGGUUCGGAAAGGCUCUGGGUGUGAGAUAGUCAAACUAUCACUGAGCUGCGAGCAGAAGGAGAUGAAGUUUGCAGGCGUGAAGAGCAGUGGUCAUUUCCUGCUGCUUUCAACACAAUGCAACAAGCUUUUCCUGUGGGAUGUGUCUGGCCCAGAAAUGUUUCUGCAGGUUGAAGACCCUUUGAAAACAACAGUGAACGAGGUUGAAGGAUUUGUUGCUGGUCAGAAAAAAAUAUUUCUCUGGUGGAAAGAUGAGUGUUUUGUGAGUGUGUUUGACGUCUCCAGUGAGAUUUUGACUCAUUUCCAGUGUCAGAGCUGUGUGACCUGCUCGGUUUGCUCCUCUAAUGGCUUUUACAUGUACUGUGGGCAGGAGGAAGGCACAGUCUCCAUUUUUGACACCAACACUGGCAGCCUCCUAGGCAGUUGUUCAAACUCAAACCACAAUGCGGUUGCAUUGAUAAUCCUGUGUGAAGAAAUGUGGGAAAUGGCUUGUGUUGACAGGACAGGGGGUGUAUCACUAUGGGAUGUAGCAGCCAAAAGAAACCCACCAAGACUUGUCACAGAAAGCUUUACUGGGGGUAAAUCUAAUGCCAUCCUUAAUAUGGAUUACUCACAUGAAAUCCACACAUUACUGGUGUGUCAAUCCCACCAAGUUGCACUGUGGGAUACCUGUGACUGGGAGCUGUGGGACCAGUUCCUUGCUCCGCAGGGGAAGGCAUUCACUCAAGCUGUACUAUCCCAGGAUGGCCACCUUGUCCUGGCUUUGUUAGACGCCUGUCCCCUGGUGUUGGUGUGGAGGGUCAGCACAGGGGAGUGUGUUCUCUCCUUAAAAGUAAACAACCAGCCUUGUAAACUCAUCAAAACGGCCUCAGAUGUUGUUUGUGUCACUCUUGAUGGUGUCUUGACAGUGUGGGACUCCGGGAUGAUAGAUGUUGCAGGUACAGCUCCGAAAAUGGGGUGUGGAGUAAAAGAAGUGGUGGUUGAACAGACAGGAGAGUGGUUCUACACCUCUGAUGGGUCGGAGACCGUGUGGAGAUGGAGAUUAGAAACAGGACUUCCACACGAUAACUUCCUUCAUGAUGGUCCUGUAGAAAAACUGCGCCUUUCCCCAAAUAACUUCCAUCUUGUCACACUCUCAGCAGGGGAAAUAUACGUUUGGCUCACAGAAACAGGGCAGAACAUCCUGCGUAUGAGUGGCAGCAGAGCCACAGACAUCCUGAUCACCCCCAACAGUAACUUUGGGGUCAGUAUUUCUAAACGGGGGUUGUCUCGGGUUUGGAAGCUGGCACACGGGAGCAUUGUGUGCAGCAUAAACUCGUACCUAUCUGACGCCCAGGUGUCUCCUGAGAGCACCUUCCUUAUUGGCCUUCGACGGAGAGACCUGUUAGCUGCCAGUCUGUGGUCGGGCUCCAUCAGCAAGCGCUUCUCCUGCAUAGAGAGCUCUGAGCAUGUUGUUGCUUUCCACACACUUUCAGACCAUCCAGACUUUGUGGUGGUGAUGGCAGCUUCAGGGGCAGUGUACACCUGGAAGGUAACAGAGGAGACCCUGUGCAGGCACUUCCAGCUGCCUUAUAGCUUUCACUGUCAGCCACAAGACUUCCAAAUGUCCCGUGAUGGGAGCUACGCCCUGCUAUCUACUGACGAUGAAGCCAUCAACCUCUUAGACUUAUCUCAGAUCAGACUGUGCUCAUUCAAGGCUGAGGGUCCUGUCGUUAAAGCUUGUUUGGAUAAAACUGGAUGCUAUGCUGCCUACAUAUCUCAACCCAGCACCACUGUGGAGAAAAACUGCGGCUGCUACAUGCACGCCAGGCCAGUCCUCGCGGUUGUACGACUCGCAGACGGGGAAAGAAUAGGAAGUGUGUGUCUGGCUAAGAAUCCGUUGACUCUGGUUGUGUGUGAGCGGCAGUUUGUGUUUGUGGGAUUUGAGGACGGGUCUGUAGGCGUGUAUUCAAUUGUAGAUGUUGAGGUCACUGGGGAGGAGUUUGUUGGGUGUAGGGAGAAUUUGAAUGGUUGUUUUAAACAAUGCCCCUUUGACACAGCAUUAAGCAGGUUACCACUACCAACCCCCAAUAUUACAUGGCCUUAAGAUUAAUAGCUUUGUAAAGAUGUUAUGUUUUGGUUCCGUUUGUUUGUUUUUCAGCAGGACUGCUGCACAAACCCAACUUGUAUGAAACGUGGGUGAAACAUGGGCCAAAGAAGAAGCCAUUACAUUUUUUUUGUAAAGAUUGAAAUAUAGAACAUCUGGCCUUUUAUGGAUUUCUUCACUCCACACCGUUGAUGUUGUUGGACUGUGUUUUUAUAUACAUUUAUUUAUAUUACUAAUGUGAUGGCAAACAAACUGAUUGUGUGUAUACAGUAUGUGUAUACUUAAAACAAGUACAGGUGCCACACUUCUUGGGAACCUUGGCAGCAUUGUUUCAGUUUCAGCUGGUCUGAGCCAAUAAUGAUGACUUCUCCCAGCAUUUAAGUUUCAUUUCUGUGAAAACUAAACCAAACAGGGGUCAGUUUAAUUCAUAUCUACUAUAAUGUUGACAAAUGUCUAUGUUUUAAUAAAAUCAUUUGUAAUGAAUG